AUGCCGGAAGAAGUGCCUCAUUUCGUACCCCCAGAAAUACAAAAUAAUCCAUUCGGAUGGGGACCGUGCGAAAUGCCCGACCAGUUUAAGGACAUGCCAUAUCAACCGUUCUCAAAAGGAGAUCGUAUUGGAAAAAUUUCUGACUGGACUGGCUUGUCGCAGGACAAGAAAUAUUUGAACAAAUAUCAAUCUCAAUUCGGUGGUGGUACUCAGUAUACAUAUUAUCAUGAAGAAGACGAAAAUACAUUCCACUUGGUUGACACUGCUCGUGUACAAAAACCGCCUUACCAGCGGGGUCGUCAUUUCCGUCAAGGAGGUCGUAUGAUGCGCGGACAAGGUGGCCGUGGUGGUAUGUCACGUUUACCUGGUGGUUCUAAUCAAUUCCAAACCCUUGGAAAAUUGAACAAACUUCAAAGAGAUCGUAAAAAUCCAAAUGCUCGUAGAGGUUGGAAUAAUAAGCAAGGUGGGCGAUCCAAUAAAAAUAACAUGCAAAUGAAGAGUCGAGAUGCUUCAGUAACUGUAAGAGCAGAUUGGAAUACUAUCGAAGAGAUGGACUUUGUUAGAUUUUCAAAAUUAUCUUUGCCUACAGUUAAAGAUCCAGAAGAUCUUGUAUGUUGUGGCUCCUUGGAAUAUUAUGAUAAGUCAUAUGACCGAAUAAAUGUAAAGAACGAAAAGCCAUUGCAACGUGUUGAUAGACUUUUCCAUACUGUUACUACUACUGAUGAUCCAAUUAUAAGAAAAUUGGUGAAAACUGUGGGUAAUGUUUAUGCUACAGAUGCUAUAUUAGCAUGCUUGAUGUGUUGUACUCGAUCUAACUACAGCUGGGACAUAGUUAUUGAAAAAGUUGGUGAUAAAUUGUUCUUUGACAAGAGAGAUAAUACUGAAUUUGAUUUACUUACUGUCAAUGAAACAGCAGUAGAACCUCCAUCUGAAGAAGCAAAUAGCUUGAAUUCACCAAGGAACUUGGCAUUAGAAGCUACAUUUAUUAACCAUAAUUUUUCGCAACAAGUAUUAAAGACUGGAGAAGCAAGAUACAAGUUUGAAGAAACCAAUCCAUUUGUGUCAGAUGAUGAAACUGAUGGAGAAGUAGCAUCUGUUGCCUAUCGAUACCGUAAGUGGGAUUUGGAUAAUGGAAUUGUAUUGGUUGCUAGAUGUGAGCAUGAUUCAGUAUUACAAGUACCAAACGGAGAUUUACAGUUUUUGACCAUUAAAGCACUUAAUGAAUGGGACUCAAAAUUGUCUGGUGGAGUAGAUUGGCGUCAUAAGUUAGAUGUACAACGUGGAGGAGUUUUAGCAACUGAAUUACGAAACAAUGCUUGUAAAUUAGCUAAAUGGACGGUACAAGCUUUGCUUGCUGGCUCUGAUUACAUAAAGUUUGGAUAUGUUAGCCGUGUACAAGUACGUGAUUCGUCCAAGCAUGUUAUAUUAGGCACACAACAAUACAAACCUACUGAGUUUGCGACUCAAAUAAAUCUGAACAUGGAUAAUGCAUGGGGAAUACUACGAUGCAUCAUAGAUUUGUGCAUGAAGCAAAAGGAUGGAAAAUAUCUCAUAAUGAAAGACCCAAACAAGCCGCUCAUUCGUUUGUAUGACAUUCCUGAUAACACUUUUGAUUCAGAUAAUGAUGAGAAUGAAGAUGAAGAAAUUGGUGAAAAAUCUACGAUACCGGCUGAACUUCUUCCACCAAAUCCUUAA